UUUACAUAAUCCCCUCUUUUUGUUUUUCUAAAGUUUUCGACUUGUGCGACAGAUUUUGAAUUAGCUUCUUUUAUUUUCUUUUUUUUUUGGUCUGUGAAGAGCUGGUGUGGUGGGGAAGAGAGAAACAUACACAAAAUUUCUGUAAAUGGUUGAAAUUCUCUCUGAAUCUCGACGGCUCUUGUUGAAUUCGGUUGCUGCACCUUCGUGGGUAUCUGAAAGAUGUCGCAGAAGAGAGAGUUUGAAGAAGGAAAAGCUCGGCUUGAAGGUGGCUCACCGGAGGACAAGCGUAGAAGAUUCAAAAGUGUGGUUCAGGAGGUAAUGAGACUGCAAACUGUCAAACAUUUUCUCGAACCUGUUCUCGAGCCCUUGAUUCGUAAAGUGGUACGUGUUGUGUUAAAAGAAUAUAGUACCUUUCUCCUAGGAUUUCGUGUUUGUUUUAUCGAUUAUAUUCGUGAGUAUCCCUUGGAACAGGUCAAAGAAGAAGUUGAAUUGGCUCUUGGAAAGCAUCUAACAGGCAUCAAGUGGAUUUGUGAGAAAGAGAUUCAUCCUCUAGAAUCAAGGAGCCUACAGUUGAAGUUCUUGAACAAUCUAUCGCUUCCCGUGUUCACUUCAGCCCGGAUAGAAGGAGAUGAAGGCCAAGCUCUAAGAGUUGGAUUAAUCGACCCUUCAACUGGUCAAAUUGUCUCCUCCGGGCCAGCUUCAUCUGCCAAGCUCGAAAUUUUUGUUGUGGAGGGUGAUUUUGACAGUUAUAGCGGUUGGACAACUGAGGAUAUCAGAAAUAACAUUGUAAGAGAGAGACAAGGAAAGAAACCUCUAGUCAGUGGGAAUAUAUUUGUGGUUCUUAACGAUGGAAUCGGUGUUCUGGAUGAUAUUUCACUUACAGACAACUCUAGCUGGACUAGGAGCAGGAAGUUCAGACUUGGGGUACGAAUGGUGGACCAAUUUGAUUUUGUCAUAGUUAGAGAGGCAAUAACAGAGUCGUUUGUCGUAAGGGAUCACCGUGGAGAGUUGUACCGAAAGCACCAUCCUCCUUCUCUUUUUGAUGAAGUCUGGAGAUUGGAAAAGAUAGGGAAAGAUGGAGCAUUUCACAAACGACUGAAUUGGUCAAAUAUAAUCACUGUCAAGGAUUUCCUAACGCAUUUCCAUUUAGACUCUUCAAAACUCCGGCAAAUUCUUGGUACGGGUAUGUCUUCAAAGAUGUGGGAAAUUAGUGUGGACCAUGCUCGAUCAUGUGUUCUGGAUAAUAGCGUCCAUGUGUACCAACCUCCUGGAUUUCAGAAGAAAACCGCGGUGGUCUUCAAUGUCGUAGCACAAGUGCUUGGACUGCUUGUGGAUUUUCAGUAUGUUCCUGCGGAAAAAUUAUCUGAGAUUGAAAAGGCUCAAGCCGAAGAGAUGGUGAUCGCUGCUUUGAGUCAACCAGAUCAAGUAAUCUCGUAUGACGAUGAGUCUUCCAUGAUGAGGAACUUUCUCAAUGUCCCACCUUCUCAAAGCAGUGUAGGGAUUGAUUAUUCCGGUCUUAGUUUGACCAGCUUGGACGGUUAUGGUUUUUUGCCAAAUAUUCGAAACACAGCUGAAGGUAGUAGUGGCCAGUACAGUGAUGAUGUUGACAUGGAAGUUACUCCACAAGGUUUAUAUGAAGACUUCGAUCUCUGGAAUUGCUCUCAUAUUCUAGGCUUAGAAGAACCGCAAUCAGAUUUACAGAGUGCGCUCGACGGUUUCAUGUCACAGAAGAAUGUCGUAGUCGGUAAGGCUCACAGCAAAAGAUGGACAAAGCUUUUCAGUGUCUCGAAAUGGCUCUCUGUUUUCAAGAAUGUUACUGUUAGGAAAACUCUGAGCUGAGUUAGUUUUAAAAUAAAAAAGAAUACGACUCGCCCUGGACAGACUCAUGUAUAUAUUAUACAGACUCGAGGAAAGCUCGGGUUUUCUGAUCGUCCAGAGGCGUUCAAAAGACUUCUCUUUUUCGUUUGCUCUUUUCAUCUUUGUAUUAAAGAUGUGAAUAUGUUAGGAAAGCUUCAUUUUUUGUUGAAGGAUUUUAAAAAACAGGUUCUUUUAUAAUCUUUUUGAUCAGAACUAUUCAAGCUCUGCCGAAGUAUAUAGAAAUCCAGUUUUGGACAGAUUUAUUGUUUCUCGGAAUGUUAUUUUGUUUGCCAGGUAAUGUGAAACUACAUAAAUUGAAUAACUCG